UGUAUAUGGACGUAACCAAAACACCGUAAUUCAUUUUGUUACAGGAGGCCCCUCGGGUAUUGUGAAGGGGCUAUGUGGAACGAGUCUGUAGGCAUGCCCUGCCUCUUCUACCACCUUUAAACUCUCCUAUAGACUUCUACAUUCCCGGGAGGAUUAUCAGGGACUUAUCAGUGGGUGAUAAGCUGGAUAAUUACCACCUGAUGAGGUGAUUAUCACUCGACACCAGUUUGGCCACCUGUUGAUUUUUGAUGACAGAUCCGGGAUACACAAGGUGACAUGUGAACGACGGUCUGGAACAAACUGUCAAACUAAGGAUACAAAGGACAAGAAGAUGAAGUAAAUGACAACAAUGCUCAAGGGCAGGUCAGGUGGAGGAGCAAGCUUGACAGAAGGCCAGCCCAAACACAGGGGUUCAAAGAUCAGUCCCAGGAAAAGAACAGUUCCUCAGCGUGUGCGGGCCAGUUCUGCUAAGCAGCAGCGUGUGGGGGCCGUGCCAGAGUUCUCCCUACUGCUGGUGUCAGCAACAGACACAUCCAUACAUGUGCAGUGGCCGACACCGGGGAAACUGGGUGUGGGGAGUAUACGACACAUUCAGGUGCAAUGGAGCAGUGCGACGUGUCCAAAGGUAAAACAGACUAUACUGCCAGCAAGGGAGACAAGCUUUGUGAUUGGCCACUGCCAGCCUGGUGUUGUGCACUUUGUAAGGGUGCUGCUGGUUGGUGGAUUGCUGGAGAAGGCAGUUGUUUGUAAGUCCCGACAGCUGACAGUGGAGACGGUUGGUCCUCCUGAUCCACCUGUAGUACGUGUCAGGAGUUGCAUGUUCUAUGGAAUCACAGUAGAGUGGAGCAAACCUAGAACGUACGGUGCCUCGGAGCUGUGUGGGUAUGACGUGUACAUAGACAGGGAGUUUGUGGCCAAGUUUCAGCCUCAUCAGCAUUGGUACAUGUACCGACUGGGGAACCCUUGUCAGCAGUAUGCCUUCCAGGUCCAGGCAAUUUCCAGACAGGGAGAGCACGAGUUCUACAGCAGCCGGUCUGCACCUGUGAAGGCCACCUGGCCAGGUGUGAAGCCACCUGAAGUGACCAGGGCACUUGCUGACAGGACGCGUGCCAUCGGGGUCAGGUGGGACGACCCUGAACUCACAGCUGUGGGGUCAAGGUCACUGGAUUCAAGGUAG